CCCCUGUUUUGUUUCCAUGGCGACAGGCGGCGCGAGGUCCGCUCCAAACAUAACGCGCUGUGGAAAACAUGCGGCUCGGGGGACCCCCCCGCAACCUCCGCUCGGGGCCGAGAGCCGAGGGGGCCCGGGGCUGCCGGGGCCACGUGAAGUUUGACAAGUGCCCCCAGGGCCAGACCAGCCGCACCAGAUGCCCCUCGCCCAAGCCCUCCGCGUCGGCGGCGGUUCGCGGCUGCUCUCGGCACUGGCGCCGCGACUCUCCCCGGCGCGCCUGGAUGGCAGCCCUGUACCCCGGCCGGGGCCGCCUCAGGAUGAGCCCGCGGCCGCGCGCCUCCGAGGUCCGAGGCCCCACCUCCGGCAGCGCCGCCGCCGCCGCCGCUCAGGCCGCGAAAACCAGCGCCUCCCCAGGGGCGCCCCCCCAACCCCAACCCCCCGUGGCCAAAGAGACGGCGGCCGGGGGCGGCUCCCGGCCGGGGAAGGCGGGCACUUACGGGGAGGUGCUUCCGGGUCAGAGGGUGUGCAAGAUGGCGGCGCCCAUGGAGCUAUUCUGCUGGUCCGGGGGCUGGGGGCUCCCGUCGGUGGACCUGGACAGUCUGGCCGUGCUGACCUAUACCAGAUUCACAGGUGCUCCACUGAAGGUACAUAAGAUCAGCAACCCUUGGCAGAGUCCUUCAGGAACUCUGCCUGCCCUUCGAACCAGCAGUGGAGAGGUCAUCUCAUCGCCACAGAAGAUCAUCACCCAUCUUCGUAAAGAGAAGUAUAAUGCUGAUUAUGAUCUGUCAGCUCGGCAAGGAGCAGAUACCCUAGCCUUCAUGUCUCUGUUGGAGGAGAAACUACUCCCUGUGCUAAUACAUACUUUCUGGAUAGAUGCCAAGAACUAUGUGGAAGUGACCCGGAAGUGGUAUGCAGAGGCUAUGCCCUUUCCCCUCAACUUCUUCCUGCCAGGCCGCAUGCAGCGCCAGUACAUGGAGCGGCUGCAGCUGCUGUGUGGCGAGCACAAGCCAGAGAACGAGGAAGAACUAGAGAAGGAGCUAUAUCAAGAGGCUCGGGAGUGCCUAACCCUUCUCUCCCAACGUCUGGGCCCUCAGAAGUUCUUCUUUGGCGAUGCCCCUGCCUCCCUGGAUGCCUUUGUUUUCAGCCAUUUGGCCCUGCUGCUGCAGGCAAAGCUGCCCAGUGGGAAGCUGCAGGCCCACCUUCACGGGCUGCACAACCUCUGUGUCUACUGUACCCACAUCCUUAGCCUCUACUUCCCCCGCGAUGGAGCUGAGGUGCCACCUCCACGCCAGACACCAGCAGCCCCUGAGACCGAGGAGGAGCCCUACCGGCGCCGGAACCAGAUUCUGUCUGUGCUGGCAGGGCUGGCAGCCAUGGUGGGCUAUGCCUUGCUCAGUGGCAUCGUUUCUAUCCAGCGGGCAACCCCUGCUCGGGCCCCAAGCACCCGGGCCUUGGGCAUGGCUGAGGAAGAUGAAGAGGAAUAAUGUGUUCAUGCUCUUAGGACUGAUUUUUCUACUGUCAUGCAUUCCAGAUGCCCCAUUGUUGGAGCAGCCAAAAAUGGGGUGCUCUCCUUAGAAUAAAGCUGUUCACACUGAGAUCAAA